AGAAUUUGGAAAGAGCUUUGACUCAUUCUUUUGAUGAAAAUGCCUCACUGCCUCUGUUGCUUCAGAAGGACAGAGUGUGUCCUAGUCACUAACUAUCUUCUUGGUCCCCACCUGCCUCCAUCUGUCACUAGGCAAUUCAUGGGGCUGACUCUUUGGGAAGAGCAGGUGCUCAGAACAGGGCACUUUAGUAUUCUUCUGAUAAUUAUUUGAAAAGUUAUUAAGAUGUACUUAUUGCCUGAAGCUUCCUUCCAAGUCCCAGAUCUGCUUGGCUCAGCUCUCAGGGGAUUCAGCAAGUUCAAUUCUGAAAAUCUCUUGGAUUUGCACCCAGAUCCCAGCAGACCUUUUAGUUUUCUACCUCAACCAGGAGGAUUAUAAAGUUCUGGUUUUUAUUGACACAGCAAGAGAUGCUUUUCACAAAGAGAGGACUAGAUGUGAGGAGACACAAGCUCUGGAACUAUGGGUGGACAACACCUUCCUGGAAUCACUAUGUUCUCUUGCAACACCAGCACUUUGGGUCAUUCUACCUUCCUUCUCACUGGCUUUCCAGGCCUGGAAGCUUCUCAUCAUUGGGUUUCCAUCCCUAUCAACCUCAUCUGUGUGUUUUCCAUCGUGGGUAACAGUAUCAUCCUUUUCCUGAUACGUACAGACCCAGCCUUACACGAACCCAUGUACAUCUUCCUAUCCAUGCUGGCAGCCUCUGACCUGGGCCUCUGUGCCUGCACCUUCCCAACUAUGGUGCGACUCUUCUGGCUGGGUGCUCGUGAGCUGCCCUUUGAUCUCUGUGCAGCACAGAUGUUCUUCAUCCAUGCCUUUACCUAUGUGGAGUCUGGUGUGCUGCUGGCCAUGGCCUUUGAUCGCUUUGUUGCCAUCCGGGACCCUCUGCACUAUGGCACAAUUCUUACCCACUCGGCCAUGGCCAAAGUGGGAGCUGCCAUCUUGGUGAGGGCUGUCCUGCUCAACCUCCCAGGACCCAUCCUUCUGCGGCGUCUGCUCUUUCCCCAGAUCAGUGUACUUUCUCACUGCUACUGCCUGCACUGCGAUCUUGUGGGACUUGCCUGCUCAGACACAAAGAUUAAUAGCUUGUUUGGCCUGGUCUCCAUCCUCCUCUCAUUGGGCCUUGACUCCUCCCUCAUUGUGCUCUCCUACGCUCUGAUCCUGAGGACAGUGCUGGGCAUCGCAUCAGCUGGGGAGCGGCUCAAGGCCCUCAACACGUGUGUUUCACACCUGUGCAUUGUUCUCAUCUUUUAUAUGCCCAAACUGGGGCUAUCUGUGUUGCAUCGAGUAGAGAAGCACAGCUACCCUGCUCUGGCAGUGCUCAUGGCCAACCUGCACUUUUUGGUCCCACCCUUCAUGAACCCCAUCGUUUAUUGCGUCAAGUCUAAACAGAUCCGUCAGGGCCUCCUGAAGCGUUUCCAGGAGAAAAGGGUUGAUGUUCCCUAGAACAGCGGAAGAGCCUAGAGACACAUGACCCUGUGGGUCAACCCAGGUCUUGGGGUGAGGGAGAAUUAAUUAUGAGCAGUUAAUUUUGGGGAGUUUAAAUGAUUUUUUUAAAAAUGAUUAAUGUUUUUAAAUAAUCCAGCUCUGUUGUGCCCUUUGUGUGGGUGGCACUAUCAGAUCCUAUAAUUAUGUUUUUGGGGACUGAGACCACUGGAAAGUAUAUCAAAGUAUCACUUUGAUAAGCUUCUUAUCACUCUAUCUGAUUAGAGUUGAACUAUUUCAGACUCAUAUAUAUUUUAAUUUCUCCUUGCCAAGGGGACUUAAUCACACUAACUGGUAGGAUGUGUGUACAUAUCUUUUUGUGAAGGUACCUCUCUCUGCCCCCCACCCCUGAAUUUCUCCCCCCCCAUUUCAUUUCUAAGCCUAAGAAGAACUAUAUUUGUAUUAUAUAUAAGUAAGAAUAUUAUGUGUAAAUAGGCUAUAUUCACCUUAACAUUGGCUGUAUUUUUCCAAAUUUAAUAUAAACCAGCUCACAUACCAAGAAGCAGAAGAGGGGAGUGGGUGGUUGGAAACUCAGAGUCACACAGUAUGUGCAGAAUUUAUCUAGCAUUUAUUUGAAGUUCAGGGAGUGGUAGUUUUCUCCUGGUUCUCUUCAUGUGUGCCUUUAUUUGUUCUUUUUUCUUUCUUUCAGUUACAGUUUAUAUUCAAUAGUAUUUUUGUAUUAGUUUCAGGUGUACAGCAUGGUGGUUAGACAAUCAUACACUUUACAAAGUGUUCCCCCUGAUAGUUCCAGCACCCACCUGGCAUCAUACAUAGUUAUUAUAAUAUUACUGACUAUAUUCCUUGUGCUGUACUUUAUAUCCUUUGCUACUUUGUAACUGCUAAUCUACUUCUUAACCCCUUCACUUUUUUCACCUGGUCCCCCAACCUGCUUCCCUGUGUCUCUAUUUUGAGCUAGAGAGAAAGUUUGAUACUGCCAAGCCUAGGAAAACUGUUCAGUGUAACUCCUGGACAAAGCUGGUUUCUCAAGCAUCAGUGGUAAGGGUGGAAGAGCCAUUCACUUCCAACACAGGUUACCUGCUAGGUUGUAAGCUCCAUGAGGACCAGGAUUCAGGAACUAUUUUGUUCACUGCUAUAUCCCCAGCUCUAAGAAUGACACCUACCAUAAACUAGGUGCGCAACAUAUAUUUUUAAAUAAAUGAGUAGAGAA